GGGGCGGGGCCUAGCGGGAAGGGGCAAGGCUCGCCAAGGGGCGGGGUUUAGAGCCCUCGAGUCUACACAGCCGAAGCCGGGGGGUGGGUCUAGCCAAAAGGGGCGGCGAGCACGGCCCGCGGGCGGCGGUCACUGGAACGGCUGUACUGGGCGGCUGACCGAGGGGCUGACGCGCGGCGGGGUAGACAGCUGGGGACUGCGGGCGGCACUGUGUCCGUCGCCAUGACAGAUAAGACGUAUUGUGACCGCCUGGUGCAGGACACGCCUUUCCUGACAGGCCAUGGGCGCUUGAGCGAGCAGCAGGUGGACAGGAUCAUCCUCCAGCUGAACCGCUACUACCCACAGAUCCUUACCAACAAGGAGGCGGAAAAGUUCCGGAACCCCAAGGCGUCCUUGCGUGUGCGGCUCUGUGACCUCCUGAGCCACCUGCAGCGGAGUGGCGAGCGGGACUGCCAGGAGUUCUACCGAGCCCUGUAUAUCCAUGCCCAGCCCCUGCACAGCUGCCUGCCCAGCCGCCACGCUCUGCAGAACUCAGAUUGCACACAGCUAGACUCGGGCAGCCAGAGCGGCGAGCUGAGUGACAGGGGUAACGCCUCCCUGCUGCCCCGCCCUCUCUCCCCCUCUCUCUUUACCCUCCCCAGGGCUCCAUCUCCGCCUCAGGGGCUUCUCCACCCCGAGUGUGGCUCCAUUCCUGGCCUUCUGUUGGUGACAGACCCCCUAAGGUGCUCGCUGGGGGCUCUUCAGGCAGCACCUCAGCCUGGCACCCCCACUCCCCUGCGCAGCCCCCGAGCCUCAGGACCCCACCCCUCUGAGGCCCAGGGGAGCCCUGUUCACGCUGGUUUCUCCCCAGGACCCAUGAGCUUCCUGGCUGGUCUGGGCCUUGCUGUGGGACUGGCCCUGCUCCUGUACUGCUAUCCACCAGACCCCAAGGGCCUGCCAGGGACCCGGCGCGUCCUCGGCUUCUCGCCUGUCAUCAUCGACAGACAUGUCAGCCGCUACCUGCUGGCCUUCCUGGCAGAUGACCUAGGGGGGCUCUGACAGACCCCGGACCCAGGGCCUCACCCACCACUCAACCAAAGAGUCUUCCAGCCGGCCCGCCAAGGGGACUGCUGCUGCUUUUUCUAAAUGCUUAUUUUUCAUUAUUUAUAAUUUGUGUAAAAAACACACCUUCGGCCAGGCGUGGUGGCUCACGCCUGUAAUCCCAGCAUUUUGGGAGGCCAAGGCGGGUGGAUC